UGGCCCUUGUAUUUUCUUUGCAUUUUGUGUUGGUGGAGGUUUAUGGUAGGGAUGCUUCCAGUAAGUUCUAGAGGAAGAGUUACUUCUUUUUGUGAUUUCUGGUGUUUUCAAGAUGUGUAUAUAGUUUCCCCUAGUGGCAUGAUAGAGACCAUGUGAUCUGAUUUAUUUUGAUCCAGCAGUUCUUUCCAAGGCAGAUCUCACAAUUAAGCUUUUAAUUGGAAGUGGACUGGCACAAGAGCUGCAGGAUGUAGGGCGCAGUUUAUAAAAAUGCUUGAAUGUCUACUUGGAAGAGAGGAGCCACUGUGAAGGAAGGCUGUCUGGUUGGUGUAUUAGCUGUUGGUCACACGCACCUGGUCCGAAAACGGCUGGCAUCUGAAACAGCUUGCACUUGCUGGAGGCAACCUGGUCGACCUGCGAAUGCUGUGACCCAGGACCUGACCAAGAAGUGGGAGAGCUCCAGGAUUCCUCCCUGGAAAAGAUUGGGUAUCAUGGCUGCUAAGAAACUCAGAAGAGCAAGGUUGUCUCAGGAGCUGUGUGAAAGGCUGAGUCGCCAUCAGAUCACUACCUGUCAGGACUUUUUAUGUCUUUCCUUCUUGGAGCUAAUGAAAGUGACGGGACAGAGCUACUAUGAUGUGCGGAAGCUUCUUUGUAAAGUCAGCCGAGCUUGUGCUCCCAAAAUGCAGACAGCUUAUGAAAUGAAACUGAGGAAGUCUGACAAUCCCUCUUCAGCCUUUUUAUCUACCACGCUGCAUAGUUUGGAUAAAGUCUUGCAUGGUGGAGUGCCUUGUGGAUCCCUCACAGAGAUAACUGGCCCACCAGGUUGUGGCAAAACUCAGUUUUGUAUUAUGGCGAGUGUUCUGGCUACACUGCCUGUAAGCAUGGGAGGACUAGAUGGAGCUGUUAUAUACAUUGACACAGAGUCUGCAUUCAGUGCUGAAAGGUUGAUUGAGAUAGCAGGAAACAGAUUCCCUACUUAUUUUGACUCGGAUGAAAAGCUGUUCUGCAUGACCCAUAGCAUCCACCUGUAUCGAGAGCUGACCUGUGGCAGUGUACUGAAGAGGAUUAUGUCUUUGGAAGAAGAAAUUAUUUCAAAGAAAGUUAAACUUAUAAUAAUUGACUCUAUUGCUUCAGUUGUCAGAAAGGAAUUUGAUACAAAACUCCAAGGCAACCUGAGAGAAAGAAGUAACUUUUUGGCUAGAGGAGCAUCAGUGUUGAAGUAUUUGGCAGAGGAGUUCUCUAUACCAGUUAUCUUGACGAAUCAGAUUACCACAUCACUGAGCAAUGGCCUUGCGAUCCAGGCAGACCUGGUGUCUCCAGCUGAUGAUUUGUCCCUGUCUGAAGGAGCUUCUGGAAGUGGGAAGAGGGAACCUGGUUGUGUGACAGCAGCCCUUGGCAACACAUGGAGUCACAGUGUCAAUACCAGGCUCAUACUACAAUAUCAUGACUUGGUGACAAGGCAGCUUCUGGUUGCUAAAUCCCCUGUUGCUCCAUCCUCUGCCUUUUUCUACACCAUUGAGAAAUCAGGCUUGGUUCUUCAAGAUGGAAAGGAUCAAACAAAUCUAACCUGGGAAGGAACCAAUCCUGCCCUGCAGACCAUACGAGUGAGGAACACCGCCUUGAAAGAUACUUUACUUGAUGCUGCUUUAACCAGCACUACUAGUGAGACUCCAACCAAUACACGCUAUCUAUAGAAAGGACAAAUGAUACCUUCACUGAGAAAUGAAUGAGUGACAACAUUGGUUUUAAAAAAUCUGGUGAAGCAGACAGUGAGCAUUCUUCUUUUCUCUUUAAAGACUUGCUUUAAAACCAAGUGCUGUUCUUUGUAUGUGUGGGGCCAUGCUUAACUCUGAACUUAGGAAAAUCCUGUAUUUUGUUCAGGUUUAUUUAAGUGACAUGGUAAUAAAAGCCUCUGAACAACACACAUGCUACUGAAGAAGCAUAGGCCACACGUGCCUUCCUAAUUCACCCCAUCACCUCACCAAUUUGGAGGAACCGACAGUCAAACACAAGAGUGCUUGGUGUCCACAGCCCAUAACAUAGUGAAAUAUUUGCUUCUGCUUUUCAAGAGAAAUUAUAAACCCACUCAUUGGCUUGAUUGAGAAGCAGUAGUUCAGUGAGGUCCUAUUCCUGUAACUCGCUUGAAAAUCAUCAAAGAUGAUGUAACAGAGUUGCUAAUAGCUAGGCUCUGACAGUUUAGAAUGGAAGGAUAACAGGUAGCAAUCCAAACGGUGGGAAGACUGGUGUGUAGUACAGCUGCUUAGCUUCCUCUGUCUUCAAAGCACUUUUAAAGUAUUCACAACAUGACUGCAAACCACAGAACUAUUUACUCAUCUUGCAGACUUAGAGAAUAUGACUCGCUCAAGGCUGCUGAAGGCAUCGCUGGCUGUGCUGUGAUCAGGUUUGGGUUGUUCCUGGCUCUCAAGCCUCACAUGCCUAAGGGAAAGCCAUGGGUUCACUUCGUGCUGACUGCCGAUGUACAGUCACCAUUGGUCUGAGAGGCUUGUUCUGUCCUCUGUGGUCACAGGGAAAGCCUCCCAGAGCAAAUUCUUGAAAAGCAGAGUAACCUGUACAGAAAUAUGGGAGGUCUGAAGUACUGCUGAAGUGGCUGUAGGUAAUCCAUCAAGGAAAUUAGUUGCAGUGGGGCCACCUGUGACAGUGAGGUGAGCAGGUUGCCAUCUGCUGUUUUGUAGGCAGCCUUUGGAUGAUGAGAGAGUUUCUGGGGAGCACAUGGCCUCUAUUGAAAAGUAGUGCAUACUCUUACUGUGGCAGUGCAAGAGGCUGAGAAGCUGAUGGGAUGUGGAAGCUGAUGUCAUGUCACUCCCAGCCACCAAACAGGAUGGCAUGCAGCAGGCUACUCUGCAGCUACCUACUUAUAUGCCUGCUCAUGCAGCUUCAGGCUCUCCCUUAACAAGGAAGUUUCCAUCACAACAAGGAAGCUACUCCAUUUCAAUAAGCUGCUUUUAAAAGCUAAUACAUUUCACCUUGGGGAAGAGCAGUUCUCCAGCUUCAGUGUUACCAGUUUCGUGCUUUGAAGAGACCUUUGUAAAAAAUAAUUUUAGUUUUGUUUUAACUAAAGUUUAGAUUUUCUUCUUGACAGUGCUGCACUACCGGCCAUUCAGUCAAACCCUGCUGAACUUGCUUGUAGCCAUUUUAUCUGGAUAUCUUAUAAAUAUUUGGUAGAGCACUCAGACGCAGAAGUGUUUCUUGCUCUUAGAGUCACAUGCCUGGUUCCAGGAACUUUCAGAAGCACAAAAGGCUGAAGGCAGGGAAAAUUCCACUGAGAUGCAUUCGAGUCUCCAGGGAACAACUGCACGCUGUUUAGACUAAAAUUUCACAUUGCUGCCUCUCCCUUUUUUAAAAAACAUGGAAGGAUAGAGAGGAGAAGCUGGAGGGUAGGUUUUUUUAAUAUCAUAAAUACCAAAAUGCAAGCACUGUUUUCACUCAUUUCUCUCAUAUUGCAGGACCAUUUGCAGAUGGAGAGGGAGAUAAGCUUUUUUAUGCUCUCUGCGUACCUGGGAAAUUUCCAUCAAGUUUUAAAAUGUUUUAUAAACAUUAAUGAAUUAAAGCUUAAUCUCCUUCUUCUCAGCCCCGUGAAGCAAGUACUAAAUACAGUUUAAAGACAGGGCUAAUGAGACUAGGAAGGUUGUGCCUUGCCUGAAGUCACACAGGCAGCAUGGCAAAAGGGCUCGGGUCUUUGAGUCCAAGCUUUCGACCUUACACCACAAACACACAUUCCCUCCCUCUUCAAGGCUUGCUGUACUUCCCCUUCUGGGAUAUAGUGAAAACAUGCUGGCAUCACACCUUGAGAUAACCUUGUUUUUUCCCCUUGGAACAGAGAGACUACUCACAGCUGCUGUCUCAUGGGAUUAAGAUGUUGAAAAGAUCAGAGAGGGAUGUGAGGGGAAUGGGGAAGAAGCAAGUCACGGCUCUGUCUGCCUUUGGGCAUUUUCUACCUCCUCUGCUGCCAGUGAAGUUAGUGUACUAUCAGGAGCAACCUCAAACAUUUUUGUAUGUGCUUCCAUAUAAUCUUCAGGCAGAAUGUGCUUCCAUAUAAUAUUCAGACAGGACUGUGGUAAAAAUGCCAUAAUCAAAGAGAGAGCUUGGCUGACAAGGAACUUGGACAGAUGAGCCAGUAAGUCACUCCUGUAUUGAAUAUAUGGGAUUUCAUUAUCCUUCUGUAUGUGACCUGCAUUUCUUACUGCUUCUUAUUAUCAGAGUCCUAUGACAACUGCUACAGCCAUCUCUUUCACCCCUUCAGAAGAGAGGGAUAAUCCAUCAGCCAGUUUCUCUCCACUAGUAUGAGUCAGUUUUUUUCUAGGGGGAUUAAUGGUCAGUUGAAAAGAGUUGUUCCCAACAGGGCUGUGCAAAAAGCAGUGUGCACAUGAGUCACAAAGUGGAAAAGAAGGAAACAGAUCUAUAGAUUUAAAGGUUUUGAAUUAUUUCUUUUCUCUUAGCUUCCCUUGUCCACACCAACUGAUAACCAGACAUGCAAAGCUGGAAAUGUAUUGGCAGUGGCUGGCGUAAGUGGGACUGAGAGCUUCUCCCACUGUGCAAACAAACCUGAAGUCAGUCAGCCAAAACCAGAUCAGUGUGUACCAGCAAUUCCAGCCCUUGUAGGGGAGAGAUGCUGGGAGAAAAAUCAGAUCACAGUGCAGCAGCCCCCUCCUGUCGCCCCUAUAACCCUGCGGUGUAUCCCAGCACUGGUGCCUCUGGCCUCUUCAUGCCGUUACCUUCUAUGACAAGGCUCCAGCACUGGUCCUAGGGUACACUUCUUCUAUAGCAUCCUUCCCUGCUAUCCAGGGGAAUAUCCAGGAUCCAGACUCACUUCAAAUGCUGUGCACAGUGCUCAUUUCAUUCCCUGCUGAAAGGCAGCCAGGCCUGAGGUGGAACAUGGCAAGCGCCUCGCCGCACCUGGCAACUCCAUGCAGCUGCUGAAAACAAGCGGGGAAGAAAGCAGUGUACAAACGCAGGGGAAUUUUCACAUAGGCAGGAUGUAAUUAGCAGAGCUGGAAUUUGGCCAGAAUGUUGGGGUUAAAACACUGACUUGCAGGUAACACACUGAGAUCUUUCAUCAUUCAAAUGCUCAGGAUCUCCCGUUUCCAUCUUACCUGGAAGAUGUCAGAAGACUGUUCCCUAUUUAAUGUUCCUGGGCAGCUCUCAAACUUCUGACACAAAGGAAAAAGUGUCUAAUGGUGUUGCACCUGCAGUGCUUCUCCACCAGCAACUGCCCACCACGAACAGCAUCUGAAAGUAUCACAUCCUGACAGGACUACGGCUGUGUCGCAGUAAAACAUGCCACAGCUGCCUCCAUGCUUUGAGAUUCACUUCACCCUUCACUCUCAUUACUCAAUUCUGAGGCCCCAAAUCCCCACCAAACAGAAAGAGAAGAUGGUAUAAUUAGGGCAGCCCAUCACACAUAAAACAAGGGAGAGAAUAUUACCAUUAGGUGCUGCUUCAACCUCAUUCUUUGCCACUUAAAAUAGUACCAAUUUGAUAUUGGGCAACAGAGACUUAGAUGAAGCACUUCUCCCCAGUACAGAUGACUGAGCUUUUCCAAGUGGCCUUGCCAGUAAAAUACACAGAGCAUUAAGAGCUCGUGCCUGCUCCCUCUUUCCAGCAAAGAAAUCACGUUCAAAGCAGCAAAACAUUUUUUUUGCCUUCAUGAUCUCACUUUCCAUAUAAGCAAUCUUUGUGUUUACUACGAGGAUGUUGAAUGUCCACAGAAGGUUAGGGAAGUCAUUCAUGAACUUCAUGUGUGGAAAGUCCGCACAAUGCUUCCACCACGAUGUGGUCCACAGUCUGAAAUAUAAAUAAUUGCAAACCUUUAACCCCUUGUCUGUCAGACCUGCAGACCAUGUGCAGUUCGAAGAGCUGACUUCCUCUUGUAGUGCAGUGCUUGCAAGCAAAACAAGAGGUGUUCCUGCCAUACAAACAAGCAUAAUCUCUUCAUCAGUAAGUCGUCAAAAAAGGACCCCUCCUAUGCCUAUGGGGGCUGCCCAUAUCAGCUUUUGGUUUGUUUAGGGGUUUUCUAUGCCUAGGCUGCUGUGCAAGUCCCCUUCUCCAUCAAGUGUUAAUACAACCGCCAACCAAACUUGCUGAGAGCAACCUACGGACUGACUCUAAUGGCAAAGUGAGCUGGUAAAGUACAGGCAGCUGCAGGCAACAGGAAAUCCAGCACUAAUAAAUAAAACGCGUUACAGCCAGAAAGAGGAAAUAAACAGCAGCAGCACAAACUGAGAGGACAGAAGAGAGGAACACAGCAUAACUGUGGUGCGGGAAUCACUGCAUUACAGUGAGCUUAUUUCUACAGAAAGCUGUCCCGGUUUGUUAUGUGUUCAGACUGCAAAAAAAGUGGGGGAGUGGGAGGAGUGCUCAAAGAGAGGGUCUCUAUCAGAAGAAGUUGUCAACAACCACUGUAAUUAAGGAAGCAGCCAGAGCACACACAACCUGAGCUGCCGCCAAAGUGAAAUGAAAGCAUUUUUUGUUUGCAGCCAUAGCCCCGAAGGAUAAUAAAAGGUGAUUCUACCAUGCCAAGUGAGGAGCUGCAGGGACACCAUUUCUAGAUGGUGAAUGCUCCCAUCUUUCCAAAAUUACAUGCCGUGGGGAGCCAGCAAGUUUCUCUCCUACAUGUGCUUUCGAAGCACGUGCCCGCGCACCCCGUCUGAUGGCAGCAGGCGCCUCAGAGGCCAGGCACCAGGCAGGUGAGCCCCCCACCACCGUGGCAGCGAUGGAGGUGGGCUGUUCUGGCGCUGCUUGGUCCAGAUUGCCAAAUCAGCCAUCCGUUAGUUUUCCCCGCCUUGCACUCAGCCAUGGGUGCACCAUGGCCCCACAGCAUUUGCCACCACCAGUGGGAGCUGCCGCAUUCGGAAGAGCUGCACCCCGCUCUCCUCCCAGGGGCGGCUGCGGUUAGGAGGUUUGCUGGUGCCUUGGCAAGGAGCUGCGUGCACGGCAUGCUGGAACAGUGCUCUUCUUGUAGCUGGUAGCAUCUUUCACCCGGAACACCGCAGGGCCUGUGCCCAUGCGGCGGUGGGACCUGGGGUGGGCUGGCAGAGCCAACGACUCGGCACCAGCCUUUGGGACAGUACCGCGAGGCUUUCACCGGUGGCUGUAGGAACUCACGAGAAGGUUCAGCAAAGGGAAAGAAGUCAUUCACAAAUUGCAUGCGUAUUUCUGAAUUCAUUCAUUGAGUGGCGUUUGCCUUUCAUCCUCCCCCCGAGCCCUGUGCGCAUUGCUGGCAUUCUCUCCCAAUUCCAUAUAAUAAUUCCCAGGUCUCCACAAGCCACUGCCUGCCAAUGGAGUCCAUGGUCCCUGGACCGCCAGCUCGGUCACAUGAAAAGUUACAUGCAAAGGUUUAAUGCUUUCUCCUGACCCCAGCCCCUGUUCCCGUGAAUCCCCUGCAGUGUUUUCCUAAUCAGGUGCCAGGGAAGCUUUGCACUAGGCAGGGUGCUAAGAAGGUAGCUAUUUAGCUGCAGCAUGUCCAGGGUCUUUGAGCUCUCUUCUAAGCUGUAAAUACAAGCAGUGGAGCCAGGUGAAGGUCUGACAAGGCUGCCAUUUAGACGUGAAAUAAAAAAAAGAACUGCUGCUUUCCAACUAAAUGCAUGUUGCUGUUGCCCCACUUUCUCUGGCCCAGCAGCCAUACUAAAGGCUACUUGCUUCAGCAAGUCACCUCUUAAAGCCUAUAUUCAGGGCACACAGUUAUGAUCCAGUAUAAUUUUAAUCUUCACUGGACAUUGCCAAAAUGUUUGUUACUAGGGAAUCAAAAAGAAAAUAGGUAUUUUCCCUAAAGCCUUCUAUCACCAGAUUCUAGAUGGUAGUGCAGGUAUUUAAUACAUCACACAAACCAUGAAAGUGACAAAAUAUUAUCCCUCCUACCUGUGAGACAUCAGAGAAAACACGUGCUUUUGGAGAAUCUCAAAUGAAAGUGAUUUUCUAUUAAAUACAGAUGAAAAGCAGAAAUGCUCAAAAGCUGUUUCUAAUAGCCAGUGACAAUCAUUUUCUUGCCUAUCACUGCAACAUGAGGGAGUGCAGGUAUCUGCUGCUGCAGAAAAUUCUUGUUCUCGGCCUGAUGAUUCUACACAGGAUUUCACGUGUGUGGCAGUGUAUGAGUCAUGAAUUGCAGCUUUGGAAAGCCUGGGAGUUGUGUCUGCUCUCAGGGCCCAGUGCUCAUCUGGGUUUCACAUGGCCCACAGAAAGACAUGCCAGUUGCACCUUUGAGCCAAACAGUUGGAUAAUCAAACUGAGCAUUUGGUUUCAGUUUUGGUUCUUCUUUUUGGAGAGGAGGGGGCAGGCCGGUUAUGAACUCCAACUUAUACAUGCAUUUUUGUGGGUUUAAGUUUUAAGUGAGAGUCUAUUUAUACUAUUCUGGUUUAAGUGCCGUCUACCAACAUAACUUUAAAAAUUAAAUAAAAUUGACAGUAUUUUUCAAA